GAUCGUGUGCCAGAUAUUGAAACUGGAUCGCAAUAGACCGUACAAGCCCAUCUCGCAUCAAUCCAUUUAUGUCAUCUUACCGUGAUUUGUAAGAGGUGUUAUGCGGACACAGCAUGUGGUCAACAGUAGGAAUUACAAUUUGCAUCCUCUGCCUUGUGAUAGAAAGAGCCGCUGGAAAUGGCAAUCCUCCCGGAGGCCAUGACACACACAAUACUGGUGGUAAUGCAAACCCUACUGCAAAUCAAUUGCCGCACACACUAGCACCAACUCAUCCGGUUAUAACUGGGCAACUGUUUACAGACACCACGUAUCCUGAGUCGACAACUUCCGCAGCUACGGGUUCGCAAACGACUGCUUAUUCGGGAUCGACAGUAUCCGAACCACCUACAGUCGCGCCAACAACAGUCCCACCCCCUUUAACGACAGAAGGCACACCUCAAAUACAGCCUGCUUUGCCGACCUCAGCGGGCUGCAUUUCGUACAAUGCUACCAAGCAUCCAUGCAAAGACAACUCUGCUUGCUCUCUGUCCCAUGUGAAGGAAGUUAUCUGCCCUGACGAAAAAGAGGCGUUUUACUGCCCAAUCACAUGUGGCUGCUGUCCGGUCGCCGCUCAUGAUAGUUAAUUGGUAGGAUAGACCAUACGCUCAACUCGUCCCUUCGCGGAAUCACAAACUGUGUAUUGUGUUUCCUUUGGUUUAAGUUAAGUUGAUCUUGAACCCUAUAAAUAUUGAAACCA